GCCGUUGGUCUCAAGGACAGUGUGCCCAGUACUCUCAAUUCUCUAACUGAGGCAGUCAUCUGGGCUAAGGCAGUCAAGGACAGACAUUGGGCACGCGCCGACGCCAUAGGUACGACUCGCCCCGAUCCAGUUCCCUGCAGCAUCUGAUCCUCCUGCCCACCAAGUCAGGCUGGAUUAUCCUACAUACUUCAUCUGCCAGCUGGACAGACCUUCUCUCACUUCAUCAUCCCUCGCUUCUCACAGUCAUCCGCAUCAUAUCAUUCACCUUACUUUUCUAUCAACCUUCAACCUCGCCGCAUCGCGCUUUUCUUCGUCAAUCUGCCUGCAACACUUCGUGUUGAUCACUUCCACACCCUCUGCCUCGAGGCAAUCCUCUCUCAAUCGCUCCUUCAGCCUGACCUCUGAUCUAUUCUUGCGGUCAGCAUGGGGUCGGUCUAUCGUGACCGCUACGACGAUUCGCGAACAUCAGUCUCAUCCGCUCGCCGAGAUGGUGGAUAUACAACAGUCAAGCGGUACGUCGUAAAAGAAGACGACAGCCGUUCUUCCAUCGGUCGGGAUCGUCGGUCAUUUGUUCCUGAUCGUGGGGGAGAGCGAAUAGAAGAGACACGCAUUGUUCGUCGUGAACGUGAGGUCGACGAGCCCGUGCGCGAUGUGCAUCGGGACGAUGCGCGGCUGUCCGAGCGUGAGCUAGUCAUCCGCCGGGAGCGUGACGAUGAACCAAGAAGAGAUCGGGACUACUACGAUAGGGACUACUACAAUGUCCGACGUGAAGAGCCAGCAGAACGAGAACUCGUCAUCCGACGGACCACUGAGCGAGAAGACCCUCGUCGAGACGAUUUGUCAGUGGCAAGAUUUGAUGAUCGAACCCGGGACGUCCGGGUCUCCGAGACUACUCGUUAUCGAGACGAUUUCGAGGUGCUUCCAACCCGUGGUGGCUUUGACGAUAGAGAUCUUCAGAAAUACACCCGCACUGCAGAAUACUUUAGCCCACCGCCUGCACCACCCCAGACGAUUAUCAUCCGCCAGGAACCCAUCAUCAUUCGUGAACACGUCCGAGAUGACGACUAUCAGAUUGUCCGCAAAUCUGAUGUGGAGGAGGAGCGCAGUGUUGUGCGUCGAGAACCACCUCGUGGCGAAGAAGAUUUCUUCUACGAGAAAAAGGUACGAGAGCGUAUCGAUGAGCCGGAUGAUUACUAUGAGCGUCGCACACGCCGAGGUCGUUCGGUGAGUCCGCAUGACUCCGUGUCUCAACGCGGUCGCGACUAUAGUAGUGACGACAGUAUGGUAUAUGUGCGCAAGGAGACUCGUGAGGAUAGCGCUAGCCCUCACCGUCGCAGAAACCUCGCUGCUGGCGUCGUUGCUGGCAUUGGUGCUGCCGAAAUUCUUCGACACCACAAGAAAAAGGAAGGACAGGAUACUUCGCACGGCAUUGGUCGCGUAGGACGUGACGUUGGUGCAGGUGCUUUGGGUGCUUUGGCGGCAGAAGGCAUCGAGCGCUACAGAAGUAAGAGUCGCCGUCGCUCACGAAGCCGUUCCUCUAGCCGCCAUCGCUCGCGCUCUCGCCGUCGACGAAGUCGCUCUCGGUCAGAGUCGCCUUCAAAGCUGAAGACCCUUGGUGCCGUGGGUCUUGGUGCUGCGGCGUUGGCUGCUGCGGCGACUAUUGCCGGAAAGCGUCUUGCAAAAGGCAAGGACGAUGAUGGUGGUCGGCGCAGUCGCUCAAGGAGACGAUCCAGCUCCCGGCGACGAUCUAGAUCUCGCUCAGCCUCCAUUGAAUCUCUGGAAAACGAUCCAGCCGCUCCAGCCACUGACGCGCGCAAUCCUAGGCAUCGUAAUAAGCGAAUCGCGGAAGCCGGUGCUGCUGGGGCUAUUGUAGCAGGACUUAUUGAGCGAGCGAGAAGCAAGUCGAAAGCAAGGGACGGGAGAGAACGCUCUAAGAGCCGUGUCAGACAAGCCCUUCCCGUGGUUGCUGCAGGUCUUGGUAGUGCUGCUCUUGCCGGUCUAUACGAAAAGAAUAAGGCCAAGAAAGAAGCAGAACAGAUCGUCAAAGAGGACCGCCGCGCCCGCUCAAGAUCCAGAAGCAGAGCCAGAUCUGAUGCCUACUAUGAUGGUCCCAGGGAAGGUGCCAUCAGCGAUCCCGGGUUGAUCGAGUACGGCGCCGGUCCAAUGUAUGGUAAUAACUACGGACCCGACUACUAUGGCAGGCCACCACCGCCGGAAGGCUACUAUGGGGCUUCUAAUGCUGUUGUCCCCGCCGCAACAGGUGCUGCCGCUGGUGCAUACGGCGCGCAAAGAGCCAGAAGCAGGUCUCGAAGCCUGAGUCGCGAACGUGGAGGACGGAGAUCUUCUCGCAGCUCUAGCUCUUCGGGCGGUGGACAUCACAGCCGGCGUCGAUCUUCCAGAGACGCAGCUAAAAUGGCUGCUGCCGCAGGAGCAGGCGCAGUCGCUGCUUCCGAGUAUGACAGACGAAAGCAAGAAAAACGUGAGCGUAAAGCUCGGAGACGCCGUGAAGACAGCUAUGGUCAUGAUCCAUACGAGGACAACUACAAUCCAGCUCAGCAAUACCCACCUACACCCCCUCCGCCUGCCAAUGACCCAUAUGCUUCUCAACAAGGUUUCUAUCCUCAGACAAGCCAGUUCCCUCCGCCGCCAGGAGCUGUUCCUCAACAGCAGUAUCCUCCUCAAACCUCGACCCCAGGACCAACGGCCGGAAAUCCAUAUGGGCAAGCCUAUCCACCCCCACCUCCGGGGCCUCCCCCUAACGUCGCUGUGCCUACCUACGAGACAUACGCUUCUGGUGCAAAUCCAUACGCACCACGUGGUCCUGAAAAUGUAUAAAUGGGACGAUUCCGGCUGCACCAUCACCGCCCGUGAAUGUUCAUCCAUCUUCAAAUUUCGUACCAUCAAGCUAUGAGCCUCCUCGUGGAAGCCUUACCCCAACCAAUACAUAUAGCCCUCCAGCGGAACGAUCACCAUCUCCGCCCCGGUCUCGAUCACAACCGCCUCCAGCUAGCAGAAAAAGUGUUCAAUUCGCCGAAGCGCCCCAAGUAGCAACAGUUCCAAACGAGACUGUGAAAGAGUCUGAAGAAAUAGUCCCGGAAAGGCGCCGACAUCGCCACAAACACUCCUAUUCUGGUGGGUACGAGGCUGAGGAUGAUACGGAUUCAACGCCAGACGAACUACGCCGAGGCACUCGAGAGCACUCAUCUCGGCCCCAAGACCCUGAUUCCUCAGAACGUCGACAUCGACGUCGCCGUUCUCAUGAUCCGACAUCGUCUCGCAACGAUUCGAGCAAAAGUUCCAAACGUCCUGAGCUCGAGAGAGUUGUCAGCCCAGCUGAUUCGGAUGCAACGAUUGAACUACCUCCUCGAUUUGACGACAAAGGUCGCAAGAAAGCAGAGUCUGGCGAUGAUCCUUUGGCGGACAAGCUUGACGAGAUCUUGACGGGGAAAGGAGCGGCAGGAAAGGUGUUUGGAAACUUCUUGGACGGACUCUUCGGACCUGAUGGUAGACGAAAGAGUGGGAGAUGAUGGCCAUUGAAUAUGAGAAAAGCAUCGAAACGAUAUAUGGGCGAAAUACAGCCAUCAUGCAACGAAUCUCAUUGAACUUUCUAUGUGGACGUUGGUGGAGUAUUGGAUUGAUUUUUUUAUAACUCUUUACGACUUGAUGAGGGUUAAUGAACAACAAUUGAAUAAUGGACAAUCAUGAUGGACCAUGAAGGGACGAUAUCAGAUAUGUGACGCAUUCCGCCAGCAGGAACUUGAAAUCACUUGGGAUAAGGAUAAGUCCCUUAAAUUUUUCCAUAUACUCACUAGAAGAAUGACAAUCAUGAACGCAAUUUGCGCAACUUUCCAGGAG